AUGAGCGAUUCGAAUGGACAAGGUAGUGGCGAUUUUGAUGCGAUGGACCAAAGUGGCGAUGAUGCUGAUGGGUCCGUUGCUGUAAGAUCCUCACAGCCAUCUGCAGCCCAGCAUGAAACUAAUGGGUUGCAGGAGGUACGCCACGUAUCUGCACCGGUCUUGAAGCUGAAGGCCGCCACACCGGGCCAGGAGACUCGUGCUUCCCCAAUGACCAUCAUCGUAACCAGGGACUUGAUCAAUGACAAGCUGCCGACACCCGGCUUGACCAGCACUCCUGCUUCUCGCCACAAGGAAAACGUGCCUGAGGAAUCUCACGGUCCGGUUGCAAUCAAACCAACGAAGUCAACAUCUCCUCUCAAGGAGGUCACGCAGUCUAAUUCAGCGGCACCCUCGCUCGCUCGCGAUCCCCAGCAGUCCAACAUCCAUCGUGAGAACGGCGUCAGCGCAAGCUGGCAUGUGUAA